AUGUGUUUUUAUGUUAUCACCUAUACCGAUUGGCAGUGCGGCUACCGUCAGCACACUGGACGACACCGCGUAGAGUGUGCCCGUCCUAACUGCCGCAUGAGCAACCGCCACCCCAUCAACGACCACAACUGCGAGGGCGUGUGCAUCUCCGCAGUUCAACAGGAGGAACAGCACCUGAUCAUGGAAGAGAACAGGGACGUCUGUUCCGAGUGCCGCCAAGCAGGGCGAGGGGAGGGAGAACACCCCCGAACGGAGGGUGCGAACGGCGUAAACGGACACAGCGGCGCGAUACAGUACCGGCGCAUCAUCACCUAA